UCCGGUGCCCGGCCAACGCCCGUCGUAUAUAACCAGGACCAGUACACGGUACAAAGGACAAAGGCUGAAAAGCAAACGAUCCAUCGAGCUCAUCGGCCAAGAAUCUAUAGCUAGCUAGCGCGUCCAGGUCUCGGCAGAAGCAGGCGAUGGAGAGGAAGCCGACGAAGAAGCACGCGAGGACCAGGAGCGGCGCGCUGGCGUCCUUCCUCAGGUCCACGGCCGCCUCCUUCUCCUCCUCCACGGCCACCACCUUCGGCUCCCGCCCCGCCGGCGGCGGCAAGGCGUCCUUCAACCACCGCAACGCCUUCUCCGGCCCCAUGGUCUCCAUCGUGCCGCCCGAGGCGCGCGGCGGCGGCGGCGGCAGGAGGCGGGGCGGUAGUAAGCAGGGGGGCGGCAGCGGGUACCGGACGCCCGAGGCCUCGUCGCCCAAGGUGUCGUGCAUCGGCCAGAUCAAGCGGAGCAAGUCCAAGACCAGCAAGGCCAGGAAGGCGGCAAAGAACGUCGCCCCCGCGGCCGCCUGCGGGAUGGACGGCGGCGCCUGCCCCAUGCCGCCGCGGCCGCCGGUCCACAGCAGGCCAAAGAGGUCGCUCGUCAGGCGGAUGUUCUCCCGACGGAGCAGGUCGCGGCCUUCGUCCUCCUCCUCGUCCCACAAGUCGAGCGGCGCUGCCGAUCUUUUCAAGGGGAGGCCGGGGAGCAGCGCCGCCGUGGCCGCUGCGCCGGUGUCGGGGCCGGGGAUGGCAGGGCUGGGGCAGAUGAAGCGGUUCACCAGCGGGCGCGGCGCGUUCCAGGACUUCGACUGGAGGGAGGCGGAGAGGAGGGGCUCCGACGUCGACGUCGACGACGAUUACGUGGACGACGGGUUCGUGGCGUUCUCGGCGCCGCUGGUGCUGGGCGGCGGGGUGGUGGCGUCGGAGCCCAGGAAGGAGGUGAACCUGUGGCGGCGCCGCCCCAUGUCCCCUCCCACUCCUCUGGAGCUCCCCUGAGAGCGGACGCCGCAGCAGCUAGGACCUGCAUGGCUGCCACACAUGCAGGGCACGCCAAAUGUGUCGUCUGUUCUUUCAUUAGUUUGUGUACAGAAGCAGUAUACUUCUACGUGAUGCUCAUAAUACAAAGUAGUAGUGUCGAUUUUGAUUUUGUAAAUGUGUGAUGGUCGUGUAUUCCUGAAGGAAUUAAAGAAUUUUUUUUAAAUCA